CUUAUUUCUGCAAUUGAAUUUCUGUUCUCUUUAAUUCAUGUCUUAACUUCUAAGUUUUACCCCCCAAAUGCAAUUUGCUUUAAUCGUUCCUUCCAGAUUAUUCGAUCAACGCUCAGCAUUUUCCGUCGCUGUUUCACCGAUCGAUCUCCGGCCAGUUUUCCGGCAGCGAUCCAGAUCAACCCUAAGGCACUUUUUUUCCGGCGAGGAGAGGAGGCAAAAAGAUGAGUCAAGUAUUCGAAGGUUACGAACGCCAAUACUGUGAGCUAUCUGCUAAUCUUUCCAAAAAGGUUACUUCAGCUAGUCUCCUUGAUGGCGAACAGAAGAAACAGAAAGUAUCUGAAAUCCAAGGAGGAUUGGAAGAUGCCGAGGCACUGAUACGUAAAAUGGAUCUAGAGGCUAGAAGUUUGCCACCAAGUGUAAAAGCUUCACUUCUUGCCAAGUUGAGAGAAUAUAAAACAGAUUUGAACAAUUUGAAAGCCGAAGUGAAGAGAAUCACAUCAACGAAUACCAAUCAAGCGGCACGAGAUGAGUUGAUGGAGUCGGGAAUGGCGAAUACGCUGACGGCAUCAGCGGAUCAAAGAGGAAGGUUGAUGAUGUCAACAGAGAGAAUAAAUAAGUCGAGUGAUAGGAUAAAGGAAAGUCGAAAAACAAUGCUGGAAACCGAAGAGCUUGGAGUCUCUAUUCUUCAAGAUUUGCACCAGCAACGUCAAUCACUCUUGCAUGCACACAGCACACUUCAUGGGGUGGAUGACAACAUUAGCCGAAGCAAAAAAAUUCUGACAAACAUGUCCAGAAGAAUGAGCAGGAACAAGUGGAUAAUCGGCUCCGUUAUAACUGUCCUAGUUAUAGCGAUUCUCCUCAUUCUUUACUUCAAGCUUACCCAUUAACUUACCAGGUUUGAUUGUUGUAAUCCUUUUUUUUGAACGUGCAUGUUUUCUGAACAGUAUUUGGUGAGUUGUAAUUGUAAUCUUGUGCUUUCGUCCAUGUCUAACGUUGCUCGAGUUCUUAACCUUGGAUCUGUUACCGUUUGGUCUUUGUUUGCUUUAUGCAAUCCAUGAAAUUAAACCAGUUUAACUUCCUCUU